GCCAGAAUGCAGUGCCUGCUGCACCCUCUUGUGGUGUCCCUCCUCCUGGCAUCCGUGUGUGGGAACCUCGGCCCUCAGGGUCAGCUUGAUGGCAGAGGGGGAGACCCCAAGUUUGCAGACCCCCGGUGGGGGCAGCUGAAGAGUGGAGACCUGAGCAGACCCCUCCUGCCUGCCGACUUCCACAAGGAGAACACAGUCACCAACGAGUGGAUCGCGGAUGGGGAAGAGGACGAGGACUACCUGGACCUGGAGAAGAUCUUUGGGGAGGAUGACGACUACAUCGAUGUCGUGGACGCGGUCUCUCCCGUGGACCCUGGGACUGGCGCCAGCAGCGUGCUCCAGCUCUUCCCGGGCAAGAGCCGCAUCCAGCGGCUCAACCUCCUCAAUGCCAAGUUCGCCUUAGACCUCUACCGGGCGCUGAAGGAGAAGGUCAGUGCCUCGGACAAUGUCUUCCUGGCGCCUGUAGGUGUGUCCGCAGCCAUGGCCAUGCUCUCCCUGGGCCUACGGGGGGACACCCAUGAGCAGGUACACGCUGCCCUGCGCUUCGCCGACUUUGUCAACGCCAGCACCACAUACGAGCUGGGCACCGUCCACAACCUGUUCCGGAAGCUGACCCACCGCCUCUUCCGGAGGAAUUUCGGGUACACGCUGCGGUCCGUCAGCGACCUGUACAUUCAGAAGCAAGUUCCAGUCCUGGAUGACUUCAGAGCCAAGGUCCGACAGUACUACUUUGCCGAGGUCCGGGCGGCUGACUUCUCUGAUCCCGCCUUCAUCUCCCAAACCAACCAGCACAUCGCACGGCUCACCAAGGGCCUCAUAAGAGACGUGCUGGAGGACAUGGACCCCACGACUCAGAUGAUGCUCCUGAACUGCAUCUACUUUAAAGGGUCCUGGGUGAACAAAUUCCCAGUGGAAAUGACACACAACCACAACUUCCGGCUGAACGAGCGAGUGGUGGUCAAGGUCCCCAUGAUGCAGACCAAGGGGGCCUUCCUGGCAGCAAGCGACCAGGAGCUGGACUGCGAUGUCCUGCGGCUGGAGUACAUGGGGGGCAUCAGCAUGCUGGUAGUGGUCCCACACAAGCUGUCCGGGAUGAAGACCCUCGAGGCCCAGCUGAAGCCCCAGGUGGUGGAGAGAUGGCAGAAGAGCAUGACAAACAGGACACGGGAAGUACUCCUGCCCAAGUUCAAGCUAGAAAAGGACUACAACCUGGUGGAGGCCCUGCAGUCCCUGGGGGUCACAGCGCUGUUCAACAGGAACAGCAAUAUGACGGGGAUCUCGGACCAGAGGAUUGUCAUUGACCGGUUCAAGCACCAAGGCACCAUCAUGGUGGACGAGGAGGGCACGCAGGCCGCGGCCGUGACCACCGUGGGGUUCAUGCCAUUGUCCACCCAGGUCCGCUUCAGCGUCGACCGGCCCUUCCUGUUCCUUGUCUAUGAGCACCGCACGGGUUGCCUGCUCUUCCUGGGCCGGGUCGCCAACCCCACCAGGUCUUAG